CGCCCGCCCGCCACGUACGUCUCCCGUCCCGGCUCCUUUCCAUGGUUCCCGGCGUGACUGGAGCCGCCCGCCGCCGCCCCCGCAGCGCGGCGCCGACCGCCGGUGGCAGGAUGCAGCCGUGCGCCGGGGGCUGACGCGGAGCCGCCGGCCGCGGGGAGCGGGAGCCCCGCCGCCCACCCAUGGUCGCGGCUGGCAGCCGGGGCAGCCCCCGGUGAGCAGGGGCACAGCCGGGCACGCCGGGCCCGCAGCCGCCCCGCCAUGACGAGCCUGUUCCGCCGCAGCAGCAGCAACGGCGGCUCCCGCGGCGGCUCCUCCGCCCAGGAGCUCAACAACAGCCGCCCCGCCAGGCAGGUGCGGCGCCUGGAGUUCAACCAGGCCAUGGAGGACUUCAAGACCAUGUUCCCCAACAUGGACUACGACAUCAUCGAGUGCGUCUUGAGGGCCAACAACGGCGCCGUGGACGCCACCAUCGACCAGCUCCUGCAGAUGAACCUGGACGGCAGCGGCUGCGACGACAGCUCCGACUCGGAGGACAGCAUCCCCCCCGAGAUCUUGGAGCGGACCCUGGAGCCGGACAGCUCGGACGAGGAGCCCCCUCCCGUGUACUCCCCUCCUGCCUACGAGAGCCAGGCCUUGGGCAGCCGCUACCCCCGCGCCCCACCCACGCCCCCGCCCAGGACGGACGUGCCCUGUCCCAGCAGCACUGUGCACUACAGGAACUGGAACCCACCACUGCUGGGCAACCUCCCCGAGGACUUCCUGCGCAUCCUGCCCCAGCAGACUGCCCCAGCUGGCACACAGGGCUCCCCCCGCUGCCGGCAGCCCGUGCCCCGGGGCCAGGGCUCGCUGGAGCAGGAGCGCCGCUGGAAGCAGUACCUGGAGGACGAGCGCAUCGCCCUCUUCCUGCAGAACGAAGAGUUCAUGAAGGAGCUCCAGAGGAACCGGGACUUCCUGCUCGCCCUGGAGAGAGAUCGAUUGAAAUAUGAGUCAAAAAAAUCCAAGUCGACUGGUGUUGCUGUCAGCAACGACUUUGGUUUCUCCUCUGUAUUAUCAGGUGAGGGAGCUCCCUCUGGAGCCAGCGAGGCCGGCGGGGCCGUGUCCGACGAUGCCUUAUUCCGAGACAAGCUCAAGCACAUGGGCAAAUCCACGCGCAAGAAGCUGUUUGAACUCGCCAGAGCCUUCUCCGAGAAGACAAAGAUGAGGAAAUCAAAAAGAAAACACUUGUUGAAGCACCAGGUGAUGGGGACAGCAGCCUCCACAGCAAAUCUUCUGGAUGACGUGGAAGGACAUGCAUAUGAUGAAGAGUUCCAAGCACGGCGGCAGCAGCUCCGCGAGGAGGAGGAGACGCCGAAGGAGGGGCAGUAAACGGUCCCAGCUCUGGGGUUCCUUGCUGGCACAGGACGUGCACGAGGCUUCAUCAGGAGAUGGCUGAAAAAGGAAAAACCCACCCAACAAACCACCCAGAUUUUGGCUGUUCCCCCUCUGCUGCUGUACUCCUCUGAAGUACAAGUAUCGAAGUGAGGCACAGUGUUUUCUUACCAAUGGUUUGAAAACGACUUUUCCUAUCGAGAAAAUCAGCCAAAAAGGCAAAAAAAAAAAGGCAAAAAAAAAAGCGGGCAGCUGCUGCGAGUGAGCGGCUGCGGCUGUGGAGGAGCCAGCGAGCUGGGCUGGGGCAGCCCCGCCUGCUCCCCGGCCGGCGGCACGGGAGGAACUAAAUGGAAUCAGCGCUACUAACGAGGAUCCAGUCCCACGCGGGGUCUGCCCGGCCGGAGCACUCCUGAACAUAUCUGUAGGGGUCUGAUGUGACUGCACUCUGCGCACACCGGAACAAAAACCACGCCAGAAAGGGAAGCUAACAGCCGUUGUCUAUUAUUGCUAGGAGUAAUGAGCAGAGAUUCAGAUCAGGUAAUAGUCAAAUAAUAUAAAUUGUUUAUAAAGGAAAGGCCUUCUUUUCCUAGGCGUUUCACUUUGAAUUAAACAUUUGCCUUCGGCAUUGCUACAA